GUCGAGCUCAUGACUUGGCAAGGGUGAGUCAGAUCUUCCUCCGGCACGGCGGUCAAAAAGAAUAGCUGGGCGAUGGUUGCAGCAGAGCUGACGCCUGGAGCACACACAACACAGCCUUGGCGAUGUAAUCAACCGUUGGAGGAAGCAGCAGCUCGAGCUGGACAAGCUAUCCGAUUCUAUGGGGCCCUCCAUUACCACCUACCUGCGCAUACCGCACACGUACUGCUGGUCCCCCGCUCUGGUUCCCAAACCGACGGACUGGGGCUCGGAGAUUGAUGUCUGCGGGUUCUUCAUGCGCGACGAACCGAGCUGCACCCCUCCUCCUGACCUCGAGAGCUUCCUUACCCAGGGGCCGGCCCCCAUCUAUGUAGGUUUCGGCAGCAUCGUGCUCGACGACCCGGCGCGUCUUUAUAGGGUGAUCAUCGAGGCAGCCAAGCGGUGUCGAGUCAGGGCCAUCGUCUCCCGCGGUUGGAGUAAGCUGGGGGGCGACGCUUGCAACACGGUCGACGUGUUUCACUUGGGAGACUGUCCUCAUGAAUGGCUGUUCAAGAGGGUUUCGGCAGUCGUACAUCACGGAGGAGCUGGCACAACUGCAUGUGGCCUUGUGAACGCGCGACCAACCCUGAUCGUACCUUUUUUUGGCGACCAGCCCUUUUGGGGAAGCGUUGUCGCUGCAGCCGGAGCUGGUCCAAAGCCGAUCCCGCAGAAGGAGCUCCAGGUCGACAACUUGGCCGACGCAAUCAGGUACAUCACAAGCGCAGCCGCAUACGAUGCCGCGAGCAGACUCGCAAGCCAGAUGCGUCACGAGUCUGGAGUCGACGCCGCCGUCCACUCAUUCUAUUGGAACCUGCCUCUUGCGGCUCUUACUUGUGAUCUCAUCCCGGAGCAAGUGGCGCGGUGGUCCAUGACGAAGCAUGGGAGGACGGUCAAACUCUCUGACACGGCUGUAGCCGUGCUCAUUGCUCAAAAGCGCAUCCAGAUUGGCCAGGUGAAGCCCCUACGUACCCGAGAAUACGACACUGACGUCCGCCGGUGGGAUCCGCUGUCUGGCGGAGCCGCGUCAACCCUGGGCACUGUGACCGACUUUGGCCUGUCGCUAGGUGGACUAUUCAUCGACCCUUACAAGGCAUACAAGCGAGCUGCGGCUGCUGGCGGCCAUGGUUCCUCAGCUGCCGCCGCCGCACGUAUAGCUGGUUCGAGUGCCGGGUCCAUGACGGGAGUGCUGACCAAGGGCAUGCUCGUCGAUAUGCCGCUCGCACUGGCCGAGGGCAUGAAGAAUGUUCCGAAGCUCUACGGCGAGGAGGUGCCGGAUCACGGCAAGGUCACGGACUGGCAAAGCGGUGGGAAGGUCGCGGCUAAAACCUUCGGAUCAGGCUUUUACCACGGCAUCACCGGAGUGGCCAUGCAGCCGUGGGAAGGGGCGAAGAAAGAAGGUUUCAAGGGCUUCCUCAAGGGAGCAGGCAAAGGCACGAUUGGUUUAGUCACCAAACCUGGAGCAGCACUGUUUGGGCUGGUUGGAUACCCGGCGCUUGGGAUCGCGAAGUCACUUACGGCUAGGAAGGGUGUGGAGAGAGCCAUACUCGGCGCGAAAGGCGCGCAGGUUGACAUUUGUGCAUCGCAUAGAGCCGGAGAUCAGGAUAUUGCUCAAAUCACGGCGCGAUUUGAGAGCUUGUUUUCAUAACGGGCUGUGCCCGGUUCGGGAUCCUGGGCCGCCGUGCCGGUUACCCUCGGAUGCAAGUGGGGAUAUGGCUGGGAACUGACCUGAUUGACGGUCAAUGAACUUGUAGAUAUAAUAGCCCUAGAACUAGAACUCAGUGUAUCAA